CAUAUUACUGAUGAUGUCUCCAAGGAGCACCAGUUAGUGUUUCAAGGCUAGGAUGGAUAGUGUGUGACGCAAGUGUGUGUUGUGUGUGUGUGUGUGUGUUGACAGGCCCAGGUGGGAGAGCGUCACGUUACGUGUUUAAUAUUCAUUAGCUAAGCCUUUUCCAUAGUAGGAUUCGUGAAUUCGCUUCCUGCAAGUCCAGAGUGUUUCUCCACCCCUGAGUGUGAGUUGUGCUGAAGAUAAUAAUAGAAAUAGGGCAGGGUCCAGCAGACAAACGCGCUUUCACAACUCCAGUAUGACAUAAACGCGGUGACAGGAGCCUAACCCGAGCAAACCUGGAGCUUGAUGUCUCGCGGGACUUCAGCGAUCGACACAACUGCUUUACUUCGGAAACUACAAUUCAUGCUCCGAUAAAUGAUUCUCAUGUCACUCGAUGAAUCUCCAGGAGUGGGAUAUCGUGUCUUCGAGUCGUGACGUGCGCGUCCACGAGCAGUCCUUGAUCUCUCUUCUCUUCUCUCUCUUUCUCCCGUCCAGACCUGUGUGCUGCUAAGCGGAUUUUUAGAUUUUCAUCUAAAAUGAAACGAUAAUCGUCUUUAUUGCCGGUGCUGAUGACGUCAGGCCACUUGUGUUUGUUAGUUUGAUGCCACUGUAGCCACCAGGAAUGCCAGCUAUGAAGUGUGCUGGCUGAGCUCUGUGUUGUUGGGGUUGGACACAUUCAGCAAACUGAUGAAAAAUGAAUUCAGAUCUGGAGGCCAUUUCUCUUUCUGUACCUUCUCUCUGCCAACCCCUAGACAUGAUGGGAGGUAACGCAGAAUCCAUUUCUGGUGCCGGGACGUUCUGGCAGGACCCCUCCAUCUGUAAGAGUGCCAACCCUGGGGUCAUCAGUUUGCCCUCAGACACCUUGUUGACCACGGGUAAAUGUAAGAACCGAGCCGUGACGGUGGCCUACGUGAGGAACUCUGAGACGAGCCAACAUCUGAGCCCGGAGAACAUGGCUCUGCAGUGUCUGAAGGACGCCUGCGACGUUGUGGGGUGUAAACUAGAUGUUGUUCCCUUUGGGAAGCUGGACUUUGGUGAAACUUCAGUUCUUGAUCACUUUUACAAUGCAGAUAUUGCAGUAGUUGAAAUGACGGAUGCGUUUCGACAGCCCUCUCUCUUCUAUCACUUGGGUGUGAGAGAGAGUUUCAGCAUGGUCAACAACAUCAUCCUUUACUGUGACCUCAACUCAGACUCGCUGCAGUCUCUUCAGGACGUGAUAUGUCAGAAGAAUAUGACAUGCACCGCUAAUUACACGUUCAUCCCGUACAUGGUGACGCCUCAGAAUAAGGUGUACUGCUGCGAGAGCAGUCUGAUGAAGGGUCUGAGCGAGCUGAUGCAGCCCAGCUUCGAGGCCCUGCUGGGGCCCAUCUGUAUGCCGCUGCUGGACCGACUCACGCAGCUGCUCACCGGCUGCAAGACCAACACCUGUCAGUACUUCCGUGAGACGGUUCUGAACGAGAUCCGUAAAGCGCGUGAGCUUUACACCGGAGCAGAACUAGCGGCAGAGCUCAGACGGAUCCAGCAGCGGCUCGAUAAUGUGGAGUGUCUUUCAGCCGAUGUCGUCAUCAACCUCCUUCUUUCAUACAGAGAUAUUCAGGAUUACGAAUCCAUUGUGAAGUUAGUUGAAACACUGGAAAAGCUACCGACCUUUGACCCCGUGGCUCAUCCUCAUAUAAAGUUCCACUAUGCCUUUGCCCUGAACAGGAGGAAUCUGCCCGGAGACAGACAGAAGGCUCUGGACAUUAUGUUGCCAUUGGUGAUCUCAGAUGAGCAGGUGGCAUCUGAUAUUUAUUGCCUGGUCGGGCGAAUCUAUAAGGAUAUGUUCCUGGACUCUCAUUUCAUGGACACAGAUAGCAGAGAUCAAGGCAUACACUGGUUUAGAAAAGGCUUUGAAUCGGAGCCCACGCUUCACUCUGGCAUUAACUAUGCAGUGCUGCUAUUGGCCGCAGGACAUCAGUUCGACUCCUCCUUUGAGCUGCGUAAAGUCGGUGUGAAGUUGAGCAGUCUCCUGGGGAAGAAGGGCAGUUUGGAUAGAUUACAGAGUUAUUGGGAUGUGGGUUUCUUUCUCGGGGCCAGUAUUCUCGCCUGUGACAACACACGCGUCAUCCAGGCCUCCGAGAAACUCUUCAAAAUUAAAGCACCCGUUUGGUACCUACGCUCCCUGGUCGAGACCAUCCUCAUCUACAAGCACUUUACCAAGCCAAGCACCGAUCCACAGGCCGCUAAACAAGAGCUUGUGGACUUCUGGAUGGACUUUAUGGUGGAAUCCACCCAAAAGGAUGUGACGUCCGUCCGUUUUCCUGUGUUGAUAUUGGAGCCCACUAAAGUGUACCAGCCAUCUUACCUCUCCAUAAACAAGGAUGCGGAAGAAAACACGUUAUCCAUCUGGCACGUGACCUCUGACGACAAAAAUAAAGGGAUCCACGAGUGGAACUUCAGCGCAGCGUCAGUACGAGGCGUGAGCAUCUCCAAAUGUGAUGAGCGCAGCUGUUUCCUGUAUGUGGUGAACAACGCAGAAGAUUUUCAAAUCUAUUUCUGCACAGAGUUGCACUGCAAAACGUUCUGUGAUCUAGUAAACGCUCUCACUGAGGAGGCCUGGAAAGGCUCAGAAGACACCGAGUGUGAAUCAGAGGCUUUAGAGUAUGAUUAUGAGUACGAUGAGCAUGGAGAGAGGGUGGUUCUGGGUAAAGGCACGUUUGGAGUCGUCUAUGCUGGUCGUGACCUCAGUAACCAGGUGCGCUUGGCCAUCAAAGAGAUUCCCGAACGGGACAGUAGAUAUUCGCAGCCUCUGCAUGAAGAAAUCGCCCUGCACAAACACCUCAAGCACAAGAACAUCGUUCAGUACCUCGGCUCCAUCAGCGAGAACGGCUUCAUCAAGAUCUUCAUGGAGCAGGUGCCUGGAGGCAGUCUGUCAGCAUUGCUCAGGUCAAAGUGGGGUCCUCUAAAAAACAACGAGCCGACUAUCGGCUUCUACACCAAACAGAUUCUGGAGGGUCUCAAAUACCUGCAUGACAACCAGAUAGUUCACAGAGACAUUAAGGGGGAUAAUGUCUUGAUAAACACCUACAGUGGCGUUCUGAAGAUCUCUGACUUUGGGACGUCCAAACGUCUGGCUGGAAUAAACCCCUGCACUGAAACCUUCACUGGUACGUUACAGUACAUGGCCCCUGAAAUCAUAGAUAAAGGGCCGCGUGGGUACGGUAAGCCGGCAGACAUCUGGUCCCUGGGCUGCACCAUUAUAGAAAUGGCCACUGGGAAACCGCCCUUCUAUGAGCUGGGGGAACCGCAGGCAGCGAUGUUCAAGGUCGGGAUGUUUAAAAUCCAUCCGGAGAUUCCUGACUCGAUGUCCUCUGAAGCCAAAGCGUUUAUCCUGCGCUGCUUUGAGCCUGAUCCGGACAGCCGAGCCACGGCCAACGAUCUGCUCACCCACGAGUUCCUCACCGUUACAUCACGCAAAAAGCGAUCGAAGAGCAACAAUUUCACAGCUCUUACACCAGGAACUGAGUAUUUGCGCAGCAUCUCUCUGCCCGUUCCCGUGGUGGUCGAGGACACGAGCAGCAGCAGCGAGUACGGCUCCGUCUCGCCGGACAACGAGCUCUGCACAAACCCCUUCAACUUCAAACCCAGCAUCAAGUGCUACAGCGAGAGAGAGGUCAAAGGUCAUCGCUCACUCUUCCUGAGUAUUCCUGUGGAGAACUUUGAGGACCACAGCGCACCACCCUCUCCAGAGGAGAAGGACUCUGGGUUCUUCAUGCUGAAGAAAGACAGCGAAAGGAGAGCGACUUUACACCGAAUCCUGACCGAGGACAGAGAGAAGAUAGUGCUUCACCUGCUGGAGGCGCUGACACAGGGGUCUGAGGAGACCAAACUGAAGCAUCAGCAUAUCUCCACACUGGUGGCGAGUCUGGGAGACUUUGUGAGGAUGGCGGACAGGAAAAUAAUUGCCAACACCCUCUCUCAGCUCAAACUGGAGCUGGACUUCGACAGCACAGCUAUCAGCCAACUGCAGGUGGCGCUCUUCAGCUUCCAGGAUGCGGUAAAUAAAGUCCUGCGGAACCACAACAUCAAGCCGCACUGGAUGUUUGCCCUGGAUAACAUCAUUCGAAAGGCCGUACAGACUGCCAUCGUCAUACUUGUACCUGAACUGCGGCCGCACUUCACGCUGGCGUCAGAGAGCGACCCCGCCGAGCAGGAGGACAUCGAUGAUGACUCCGUUCCUCAGGGAAACGCUGGCCUGAAGGACAUCAGAGCGCCCGUCGCUCUUCAUGACGACACUGUGGUCACAUCUGGGGUCAGCACACUCAGUUCAACGGUUUCCCAUGAGUCUCAGAGCGCUCAGCGAUCGAUCAGCAUGGAGCUGGGGCGCAUGAAGCUGGAAACCAAGAGGCUGCUGGAGGACUUGAUCGAGAAAGAGAGAGAAUAUCAGGCCAUCUUACAGCAAGUCCUGGACGAGAGAGAACAAGAGAUCAGACUGUUGAAGUCUCGACCCGGGCCUGUCGAUGCUUCUGUGAACACACACAGUUCGGCUGAACGAGACGGAGACCAGGAGCUUCUGGAGUGGCUGAAUCUCCACGGCGCUGAUGCAGAUUCCAUACAGAGAAUUAUAUCUGAAGAUUACAGUCUUGAUGACAUCCUUCAUUACGUCACGAGAGACGACUUGAAGACUUUGAGAUUACGCGGUGGAGUCCUGUGUAAGCUCUGGAGCGCCAUCACAGAGCACCGGAAAACACCGGGAUGAGGACGGCAGCCGUCACUCUCACCAAAUAUAUACAGCGGGAUCAAGUCUUGUGUGAUAAUUCAUAUCACAUGAACAUAUGUUUGAACUUUUUUAUUUGUCUGUGAAAUUGCAGUUUUACAAUUGACUGUAAAUGAAUUGCUAAAGGCCACACAUUUGAUACGCGAGCGCUGUUACGGCAUCUUUAUACAGGAAGCUUGUUUUAUUUUUUAUAUUUGGUUACAGAAACAUGUCUUGACCUGCCUGAGAAGCUUCUCCAGCACAAAUCUCUUUUCCUUUCAGAAAAGACACUGAAACUAAACGCAUAUGUGUGUGUUUUAUAUAUUUUUACAUGUAUCAUUUAUUAGAUGUAUUGUCAAGUCGUUUGGUAAUAUACCUUUUUUAUCAAAUCUAGUUAUAUUUGGAUAUAUUCUGAAUUACAGCUAUGAAGAAACACAAUAACCAAUCAAACUGAAUUGUGUUCCCACGUAUUUGGAGUGAGAAAUGAAUAAAGCACCUCUGAAGUUGUAUAUAAACGACAUUCCUGAGAUAAUAUGUAAACUAUAUCCAGAAGCACAGAGAAUAUAUCACACAUGUGCACUUAUGUCUAUUUAUUCAGCACAACUCUAGUUUUUAAAUUCUGUAAAAUUACUGUUUUAGUUGUAACUGAUGGCACUGAAAGUUUCUAGUCAAAUCAUAAAACAAACACACACACACACACACAGGGCUCUGUGAUGUGACAAUCAUGUGACGGACACGUUUGAUGUCUGUGUAAAUGUUUGCAUGAUCAGUGUUUGCAUUAUAACUCAUUUUGUGCAAAUUGGAAUUUCACUUUUGGAUCAAAUAAAAAGUUUUGGGGGAAAAAUCUCCAUAAUUCCA